CAGUAAACUUAAGGCAGGAACCCUUCCCUGGUCUCUCCCCAUGCUGCCCACACUCACUGCACAGACAUAAGCUACAUCAGGGCAGGGAGAUGCUCAGGGCUGGAGACCUGCUCCCUUCACAUGCUACCAAAGAGGUCUGAUGGCUGCUCCAUUUCUCCAGGCAAAGGGGAAGAGAGCUGUCUCCAAACCCACCCGCCUCAGUUCCCUUUUCCUGGGCAAAGUAUCCCAGACUCCCCAAGUCCCCCUGGCUUCCUCCCAACCUUCUUCAGCCAGGUCUCACAGGGUCUGGAGUGACCCGAGGCCUUCCAACCCCUCUCCCAUUGUCACAAGGACACUACAGGGCUCACUCAGAGAGAAGAAAAGCCUGCGGGCAGGCAGAACCCAGGGAACCCACACUUCCUAGGUCUAAGUUCAAUGGCCUCUGGAACUAAUAUUAAAACAAAGGAACCAAGGACUACCUCAAAAACCUUGCUUUGAAGGCUUGGCCCACACCUCUCUUUAUCUGCAUGCCAGGCCUUUCCCCAGGUAACAUGCCUAUUCUCUACUUAUAACAGGAUGAAUGACCUUGCAGAGACCUGAACUCAUGGUGGAGAGGGUUAAAUGGCCAGUUCACAGACCACCCAGUGUGGGGGGUUCUUGAAGCUGAACUUCCUCAUUCUAGUCAUCUCCCAGAGGAACAAAAACAAAAGCCCUACACAUUCUCUGAAUCUUUGACUGUCAAGAUGUAAGAAAUUGCACUGUUUUGCCUGAAUGAUGCAGGAUGAAGCAUGCUAAUCCACAGGGUGUUUCUCCUCCAGGGUCCUUGCUGCAUGUAGGUCCACAACAUUCCCAGUAGUGAAGGCAAGAUAAAGCCCACUCAACCCUGGCAAAUCUCUAACUCACCACUUUGUGGCAGCAUAAGGUAAUUCCAGAGGGGGGUGGAUUUUUGGAGUCAGAGGCAACCCACUUCCAGGUUCCCAACUCAUCUGCCUCUUACAUUUUAAAAGUUUCUAAGUUUUCUCUAAGAGGAAAAAGGGCAGACAAUGCCAGCCUUGCCUCUAACUGUUCUGCUAAAGAAACAACAAUCCAGAUAAAAGCUGUCAUCCUGCGAAUCUUCCCGGAAGGGAGGAAAAAAGGGCCAGUGCACAGUGGAGUAGCAGCGUGUGUGAACAAGUGCUACGGCUGGGUCAUUUUAACCUUCCUAGGGCAGAAAGGAAAGGUGGGCUGCUCUGGAAGCUGCGCCAAUCCAACUGUGUGCUGUUUUUCCUGGUAUGAAAGGCCGCCAGUGCGAGCGGCCACCCCUACCCGCCACCUCUCCACCUCCUACCCUGGCCCUCUUCCAGGAAGGUGCAGCCAGAAACCCUCUCCGAUCACUCCGCAAAGGGUAGGGGAAAGUAGGGGAAGGCAGGGCAGACAAGGAGAAGCCUCCACCUGCGCCCCACCCCAGCCCUUCUUCCUCGCUGGGAAACGGAAUUGGCCAGAACCCCCUUCCCAGUCAGAAGUUACCAAUACCUGACAGUGUGCUAAGUAUGUUCCCCAGCACAGAGGAGAGACCUGAAGAUGACAGCGCAAAACAUGGAGGACGAGUUCGAACUUUUCCUCAUGAACGGGGCAACUGGGCCACCCACAUCUACAUACCAUAUGAAGCUGGGGAGGAGUUCCUGGAUCUGCUUGACAUGCUGCUGCCCCAGGCCCAGACCUUCGUGCCCCGGCUGGUGAGGAUGGAGGAAUUCCACCUCAGCCUGUCACAGAGUGUGGUUCUCCGUCACCACUGGAUCCUCCCCUUCGUGCAGGCCCUCAAAGACCGCAUGGCCUCCUUCCAAAGGUUCUUCUUUACUGCCAACCGGGUAAAGAUUUAUACCAACCAAGAGAAAACCAGGACAUUCAUUGGGCUUGAAGUCACCUCAGGGCAUGCACAGUUCCUGGACCUUGUUUCAGAGGUGGACAGAGUCAUGGAGGAAUUUGAUCUCACUACUUUCUACCAGGACUGUAGCUACUCCAUUAGCCCCUUGGAGCAGAGCAUCCUUAAGAUUAAGGACCCUUCAUUCCAUGUCAGUCUGGCCUGGUGUGUGGGUGAUGCACGUCUCCAACUGGAAGGGCAAUGUCUGCAGGAGCUACAGGAAAUCGUGGACGAGUUUGAAGACUCCGAGAUGCUGCUGCGCUUGCAUGCCGAGCAGGUCCGCUGCAAGUCUGGGAACAAAUUCUUCUCAAUGCCUUUAAAGUGAACCCUGGAGGCUGUCCUCGUCCCAGGCCCUUCUGCAAGCCAGCUGAGGUGGAGAAGACUGCCACCAUCUAUGGUCACACUGUCAGCAGGAGGUCCUAGUCACUCACAUAUCACUGUCCUCCUGGUGGACUACUGCUUUUGGGCCAUAGGUACUGUGGUGUGGUUGUUUCUAGAGAUCACCAGUAGAGGGCACCCUGGACUUCUUUAUUCUUUGCUAGUCCAAGAAAAGGAGCCCUCAGGGCGGGCUCACCCACACCGGCACUCGGCAGAGGGGCCCACUGGGGUCUCCAGAGCAGUCCCUCUCUCACUGCAACAAUUUGUAUUUUGAUGUCAUUGGCCAUCACACCAGUUUUUAAAUUUUUUUUACUUUUAUUUUUUUUUUUUUAUGUACGAAUGUAUUGCUUACAUGUAGGUAGGAGCACCCGUGUCAUGCAGUGCCCAUUGAGGUCAGAAGAGGGCAUCGG